AUGUGGUUCUACUACUUCAUCUGCCUCUCUGUUCUGAUUUGCUCUGGUUUCCAUAAUGGAUUCGUCAACGGAGAGGCAAGUUCGCGAAGACUUAUCAAGGGUAAGAUGUCAUCUUGGCAGGCGGAUAAUGGUUGGUGCAAAAGUCCCCUCUGGGGAGACGACUAUCAACAUCUUUGUCCCAAUAGCUGCGGUAUUUGUUAA